AGACGGGAGCAGGAGUUGACUGGGGAGGGCGAGCGAGUUCUACGUAGCGCCCGCUCAGAGGGUCGGCUUCCUCUCCCCCUCCCGCGCGGGGCGGGGUGGUGCGUUCCGAGUUCCCAGGAGUUCGAAGCGGGCGGGUGCCGGGGGGAGGGGAGUGGCGGCGGCGGCGGUGGCGGCGGGCGGCUCCUGCCUCAGCUUCGGCAGUGGCGUUGGCGACGGCAGAGUCGAGGCAGCCGCGAGCGCUCCGCUGAGUGUCAGCCGGCGGCGACGGCUCAAGAACUAGGAGUUAGGGACGCGCGCGCCGGACCUUCCGCUGCCGCCCUACAGCGGCAGCUGCUGCUGCCGCCGCCCAGAGCCUAAGGAGCUGAGGCUGGGGGAGUUGGUGGGGGCAGGCGUGCGAGCGGGCUGGGGGGAGGGUGGGGAAUGGCGCGGACCCCGGGGCCGGCUUCGCUGUGUCCCGGAGGCGGCAAAGCACAACUUUCCUCCGCUUCUCCCCCUGGGGCCGGGCUCCUGCUGCCGCCCCCGACGCCACCGACGCUGCUGCUACUGCUGCUCUUCCCGCUGCUGCUCUUCUCCCGGCUCUGUGGUGCCUUAGCUGGACCAAUAAUUGUGGAGCCUCAUGUCACAGCAGUAUGGGGAAAGAAUGUUUCCCUGAAGUGUUUGAUUGAAGUAAAUGAAACUAUAACACAAAUUUCAUGGGAGAAGAUACAUGGCAAAAGUUCACAGACUGUUGCAGUUCAUCAUCCUCAAUAUGGAUUCUCUGUUCAAGGAGAAUAUCAGGGAAGAGUCUUGUUUAAAAACUAUUCACUUAAUGAUGCAACAAUUACUCUACAUAACAUAGGAUUUUCUGAUUCUGGAAAAUACAUAUGUAAAGCUGUUACAUUCCCACUUGGAAAUGCUCAGUCCUCUACAACUGUAACUGUAUUAGUUGAACCCACUGUGAGCCUGAUUAAAGGGCCAGAUUCUUUAAUUGAUGGAGGAAAUGAAACAGUGGCAGCCAUUUGUAUUGCAGCCACUGGAAAACCAGUUGCACAUAUUAAUUGGGAAGGUGAUCUUGGUGAGAUGGAAUCCACUACAACUACUUUUCCAAAUGAAACAACAACAAUUGUCAGCCAAUACAAGCUGUUUCCAACCAGAUUUGCUAGAGGAAGGCGAAUUACUUGUGUUGUAAAACAUCCAGCCUUGGAAAAGGACAUCCGAUAUUCUUUCAUACUAGAUAUACAGUACGCUCCUGAGGUUUCAGUAACAGGCUAUGAUGGAAAUUGGUUUGUAGGAAGAAAAGGUGUUAAUCUCAAGUGUAAUGCUGAUGCAAAUCCACCACCCUUCAAAUCUGUGUGGAGCAGGUUGGAUGGACAGUGGCCUGAUGGCUUAUUGGCUUCAGACAAUACUCUGCAUUUUGUCCAUCCACUGACUUUCAAUUAUUCUGGUGUUUAUGUCUGUAAAGUGACAAAUUCCCUUGGUCAAAGAAGUGAUCAAAAGGUCAUCUACAUUUCAGAUGUUCCAUUUAAGCAGACCUCUUCCAUCGCCAUAGCUGGAGCUGUAAUUGGCGCUGUCCUUGCCCUUCUCAUCAUUGCUGUCUUUGUGACUGUGCUGCUGACUCCUCGAAAAAAGAGACCUUCCUAUCUUGAUAAAGUGAUUGACCUUCCACCCACACAUAAACCACCUCCUAUGUAUGAUGAACGAUCCCCCCCUUUGCCUCAAAAAGACCUUCUAUUUCAGACUGAACACUUGCCUUUGCAGACUCAGUUCAAAGAAAGAGAAGUUGGCUGUCUGCAGCACUCUAAUGGAGUAAAUAGCAGGAGAUUUGACUAUGAAGAUGAGAAUCCAGUGGGGGAAGCUGGGCGUCAGCAGAUGUACCCCCUUUACAAUCAGAUGUGCUAUCAAGACCGAAGCUCUGGCAAACGUCAUCAGAACGAGGACCCUGAGAGAGUCUACAUCAACCCGCGAGAACAUUACGUGUGACUUCCCUUUGUUUUCUAAUGGGUGUUCUAACCAAUGUCAUUCUUAGAUUGGGGAGAGAAACCCAGGUCAAUAGUUAUUAUUUUAUUCUCUCUCAUAUAAAACAAUCCCAGUCUAAGCGUAUCGGAAGUUGUGAUGAACACCUUGGAGCCAAUAGCGAAGUUCUUUCUUUCGUGAAUAUUUGCUUCACCACCAGCUGUGUUUGAGAACUUGACUAUAGCUUUGUGCGUUUCUGUGGGGAUGGUGUUUAACUACUAACAUUUGGCCUACAGUGGCACGUUCAUUUAAAAGUAGAGCAUCUGCUUGUGAUGACAGCAGUGAUUCUCCAGAAAGAAAGGCCCCAGCUGGGACCGUUCACCUCGCCGGGUCUCCGGCAGGCCAGCCUGUUCAUCUGUAACUCAAAGGGGCAGAAAAAGGAGUUCAAAAUCCAUUUCACUAAUUAUUUAGUUGGGAUUUGGCUUUUCCUGGCAUGACUUCAUAUAGUUGCAAUACCUGUGUACAAAUAAGAAGCCUGAGGAAAGAGGCAAAAUUUCUUCUGUAUCCAAAAAGCAACAACACUAGGCAGUUUAAACCUUCAAGCCUGUAGGCUUUAGACUCUUGUGAUCCUGCCAUGUAUAUGUUCCUUCGUGAUCACGACGUUCCCGAGGGAUGCCCGUUUUCUGCCUAGUCCCCGUAUCUGCCUGCUCUUCCUUAGUAGGGGCUCACCACGGCCUUUCUCCUGCUCUGUCAUUGUUCCCACAGUUCUGUUCUUUCCUAGUCUAUUUCCCACCUAUUAAAUUCUAAAAACCCUGUCUGCAUGGUGGACAGCCUUGCGCCUUUUCCUUCUUUUCUGUGGUAUUGUAUGUGACAGGCUCAGCUUUCACUACUGACAUUUCUUUCAAACGAAUCCUAUCCGCACUGGCUUUCGCUCCCCUCUGCAUUCUUCAGAGUACCUGUUGUCCAGGUUUUAUCUACCUCAGAAAAGCCUGCUAGAAAAUCGUUGUGAAAUAACUCCUGCUCUUAAAAGCCAGGUAGAAAAUUUGAAAACUUUAAAAAAAAACCAAACCACUUCAGUGUGGCACAUAUGCUUAACACACAGGUUGUCCUUCACCGCCCCCUCCCCCCACUUUACCUGAUCAACAAGAAGAAGAAAGAGAUGCUAAGAAAAGUGCAUGGUAUCGGGACUGACUGACCAGUGUAUCCGGCACCACUCUGGUGCCUGCCAUUGUUCGUCUUGAGUUUUCUCCUUUUGCCAACUUUUCCUCGCUGAGAUUCAAGGUAGUAAUUAGAGUCAGGUAAGCAGAGGAAGGAGCACAGGUAGAAAUGGCGCUCACUCUCCCUCACAUCGUAAGGAAAGCAUCGUUACAUUGUGUGUUCUGGAAGAUGAGAGGUACAUCACGGAUAUAAAAAACAUUACAGAUUUUGUCAUGUAUUAGGAAAGAGUGACAUAAGCACUAAGAGAUAGUACCCAUUUUCCCACCUAAGCUUCAAGGGAACAGGAGAAAACACAGAUUUCUAAAGAGAUACCAAAGACACGUUGAGAUUCAUGUUUUGCUGGCUCUAGUUCUUGUUUGGGUGUUUGUUUCCUUUUCUUAGUGGCCAUGCUUUGUCAGACAAAUGUUCCUGUUGAUCUGCAGUACUAACACACUGUCUGCCUAUUAACAGUGACCAAUGGUUCUGGGAGAAAAGAUACUUAAAUUCUAACUCAGUGCUUUAGCUAGGUAAUUAGCAAAAAAAAAAAAGCGAUAGUUACAUGGGAUCAAAGGGUAAAUUCCCUCAUUGCUGGAUCACUGUGCUACCUCAGAGCUAGCGUUUACUGCCCUUUGUAGCAGGCUGACACACAAAGAAAAUAUUUGACUUUAUUACUUGGAAUGCCAGCAGGAAGUUAGUGUAACUGAAGGUAUAGGAAUCCUUGCAAUUGUUUUCCAACAGAACAGUGAUUCUGGUUAGAGCUCUUCUUGACAGGGAAGUGUUUUAUAAAUACUGGAUGUUACCGAGGAGGGGAUACUGGAGUGCAUCACCCUCUCUGGAAAGCUUUAAAAAUGUCUUACACAUUGAGGAUAGUUCCUAGGGUCCUGCUUGGAAACAGGUUGUUGAAUGAAUGUCACAAAAGCGCACCCAGGACCUAGCACGGAGUAGAGAUGUCCUCAUUUGCACUAGGGAAAGAGAGUUGGAAGAGUGGGUUUCAGGAGCCCUUUGACCUGUCUUCAGCACCUUCCCUACCAAGAAGAACCUACGCCUGCAUUUUCCAUAUCCUUAGUUUAGUUAUGGAAAAGAAAUUGCAGGAUGUACGUACCUCCCUCACAGCCAGCUUGUUCAACAUCCUCUUUGCCUCUCUGUCAGCUAUGAUAGUUCUUGAACAAACUGGUAGAUUUUAUAGCUGUUGGCCCCUUGCAUGGGUCAUGGAAGCUGUAUAAUUGCUUGUCCUGGUGCAUCCCAUCUGUUCUCUCUAAAUACUGUGUGGAAUAGGAAGGAGUUUUAGAAGGUUUUGAUCAACCAGCCCCCUCAACCAAAAUGUACCAUCCAAAAUUAGCCUGUCAAUCUGUAAAUGUGGAGCCUAGACUACUUGACGAUAGCCAUUUAAAUUUGGAAGUUAGACUCUUAAAGGUCAGUGAGUGAGGCUUAGGGAUAUAAGCCACAGUUGACACCAGAUACUCUUCUGGUUUACUAAAACACUGAGACAGAAAUAAAUCCCAGAGUGCUUAUCCACUUGUGGUUGCGGCUUUGCAUUUCAAGGGGAGUGUGCAUGCUCCAUCUUAAACACGCAGCCUUUAUUGCCUGUUUUGUAGGCUGCCCAGGCUCCCAGAGUGUGCAGGGUUGCUGCAGUAGCGGAUAACUAGGUUCUUUGCAGACCACGCUAAAAUGAAGCAGCUGUGCCACUUAGGAUUGGUCUGGCAUAAUGGGAUAAGAAUGUAGAUUAAUUCUUAAAUGGCAAUGAUUUCUUCUCUCUUCUGUGAGGGUUUCUCUAUCCCUGGCCACCUUAUAUGUUCUAAAUUUGAAGAAGUCCAUGCCAUUUGGGGCAUGUAAUACAAAAUUCUUACCUGCGUUAGGUAGGCUUCUGUAACAUGCCCACAGUAGAUACGAAAGAAAUAUGCUAUAAACUGAAUUAACUGGUCCCCUCAUUAAUUUGUUAUGGCCUUAUUUACUCAUAGGGAUGAUAGUUUCUUUAUCCAUCUUUGAAAAUGAUUUCCUGUCUUCUUUCACAGUAGUCUAAAAUUUAUUAUUUUGAUUUUUAUCGUGCAGUCUUGCCCUGCAUUGUGAUGGUCUCCCUGUGCUAUUUUUUAUAUGCAGUAGAGCCUGUCUUCAAGCCUCUUAUUCCCUGGUGUGUAGAGGAUAGACCAUUAUACCAAGAAUCAAAAGAGCAGAUUCUACUCCCACUUUCACCCCUUUCCAGCCGUGGAAACUUGAACAAGUCACUUAACCUGUCUAGGGCAUCAGUUUCCCCUUAUCCGUAAAGCAGAGAUUGUAACACCUUCCCCCUCAGUCUCGCAGCAGUAUGAGGAGAGUGAAAUAAGAUAAUAAAGGAUGGGAAAUUGUAAGUUCUCUUCGAAUGCAAAUGUGUAUGACUUUAUUAUUGUUUCAUGUUGAACCUAAACUCCCAGUACCCGUGCCAGCAUUUAGAGUACCAUACUGUCCCCAGGGAGAACCAAGUGGCAAAUGAAAAUCUCAGUUAGACCUAAUUUGAGUUAGACAAAUGUAAGUAGAAGACAUUCCUUUUAUUACACUGAACAUUGGUCGUAUGGAAAGCUUGAUAUCUGGACUUUAGCCUUUCAAGCUUUGCCUAGAAUUGAAAGUACAUGUUGCUAUGACUAGUGGUUGCUUUUGUUUUACAAAUUCCUGCUAAUAACAGCUACCAUUAUUGAGG